UCUCGCGCUCCCGACUUCUGCUUUCUUCUUUUGUUUCCAUUCUUCUCCAUCUCCAUCUUCUCCUGUGUCUUUUCCUUUUGUAUUACCGAAAAAAAAUACACACACCAAUAAUUCACAAUGCCUUCUCCUUCUAGCUUGUUGACGCUGGCCGUCGCCAUCACCUCUGCCAGUGCCUCUUUCUCCGGCUUCAACUAUGGCAGCACCUUCACCACUGGUGCCCCCAAGCAACAGGGCGAUUUCGAGGCCGAGUUCAAGGCUGCUGCCAACCUGAAGGGUACCGAUGGUAUCUUCCGCAGUGCCCGUCUCUACACCAUGGUCCAAGCCGGCACUGCCGACCAGCCUAUCUCCGCCAUCCAGGCCGCCAUCAACACCAAGACCACCCUUCUCCUUGGUCUCUGGGCCUCUGGCAACGGCUUCCAGAACGAAAUCAACGCCCUGAAGAAGACCAUUGAUCAGUACUGCAGCAAGCUCGACGGCCUCGUUGCUGGUAUCUCCAUUGGUAGCGAGGAUCUCUACCGCGACUCUGACCUCGGCAAGAAGAACUCCAACGGCCUUCCCGGUGCCAAUGCCCAGACCCUCGUCAACUACAUCAAGCAGGUCCGUGACACCGUUAAGGGCUCUUGCUUGAAGGAUGCCCCCAUUGGCCACGUCGACACCUGGUCCGCCUACGUCGACGGCGCCAACAAGCCCGUCAUUGAUGCCCUUGACUGGCUCGGCAUGGACACUUACCCCUACUUCGAGGAUGACAAGGACAACCAGAUUGCCAACGGCCGCGACCUCUACCUCGCUGCUCUUCAGAAGAUCCAGAACGCCGGCCCCGGUAAGCCCAUCUGGGUCACUGAGACCGGCUGGCCCGUCUCUGGUAAGAAGUCUGGUGGUGCUGUCCCCAGCAAGGAGAACGCCCAGGACUACUGGCAAAAGGUUGGCUGCCCCAUGUUCGGCAAGACCAACGUCUGGUGGUACACCAUGCAGGACGCCGAGCCCCAGACCCCCAACCCCAGCUUCGGUGUCAUUGGCAGCGAUCUGAACUCUGAGCCUCUCUUUGACCUCUCUUGCAAGGGCCACGAGAACCCCCCUGCCCCUGCCAGCAGCAGCGCUCCCGCCUCUGCCUCCAAGUCCUCUGCUCCCGCUUCUCAGUCUUCCAGCGCUCCCGCCAGCAACCAGUCUAGCUCCAAGCCUACCACCACUGAGGCCAGCAAGGGCCCUGCCACCUCCCAGCCUACCACCAUGGCCACCACCAACGGUAACGGCAACGGCUCCAACACCCAGGGCCAGUCUAAGCCUACCCAGUCCGCCAACAACGGUGGUAGCUCCGACAACAACAACAAGCCUUCUCAGACCACCAGCGCCGCUGGCUCCAAGCCUUCUGUUGGUGCUGCUGGCAACCUCAACGCCUUCGGUGCCGCUGGUGCUGCCGUUGUCUUGGCCGCCCUUGCUCUGUAAAGUCAAAGCUUGACGCUUCGUCUUGACUAGAAGUCGCCAACGGCCUCGCAACGGCCUGGUGACUGCAACUCCCAAUGUACAUUGACUUUACUCUGCCUCGUACUGGCAGCUGAGCAACGAAUGCUCGCUAGAAUUAUUACCUUGACAUGCAUCGUCGGGAGAUCGGGCAUCUCCCACGCAGAUUAUACGCGAUAAUGAGUUGGGUUCAAACAAACCCAAUGGAAUUUCUUUAGACACAUAGACCAGAUAGAUUUUGUUUUCAUCUAUGAUUUUUUGGAAUAAAAUCAACUGCUUUUUGUU